CAAUACACCAACAAACACAAUCAUCAGGGUCAGUUGGGUCUUUAGUGAUAUUAUUAACAAUUGUUUAACAAUUUUUUUUUUUUUUUCUUUCCUCAAUACUCUCCCAAUAAGUGAUUUUAUUUAUUGACAGAUAUAUAAAGAGGCGAAUGUAUUAUUUAAAUUUAAGGCAUUUAAAUGAUAUCGCGAAUAUUCCGUGGUGAAAAUGACAAUGCUGCUGUCAAAAGAAAACGUCAAAUUGAUACACUUAAAAUUUUCAAUGACAAUGUUGUAGAAUUGAGAGAAGAUGUUGAAUAUCAGGUAGAAUUUGAAUCUGGAGAUAUGCGAAUGGCAAUAAUGGUCUCGUUAUCUCCAGAAUUUCCACUGGAAAAACCAGUACUACGUGUAUCACCACCUGUAAAUCAUUCUUGGUGUAAUGAACACAGUGAAAUAACAAGUGCUCCAGGUCUACUUAAUUUUACAGUACACAGUGAUCUUGGUCGUGUUGUUCAAGCAAUUAUUCGUGAAUUUAGUAAAAAUCCACCACAAUUAAAAGAUGAUUUAUCAUUGGCUUCAAACAUUUCUCACAGAGAAUUAACUGAUAGAGCAUCACCGUCAUAUUCUCUUCGGGCUUAUUCAGAUCAUCCAUCAACGUCGUACAAUUCUUAUUACAAUUCGCAGUAUCCACAAUUUUCAUCACCUGUUACAAAUAAAACAACAAGUUAUUCUUAUAAUUAUAUUGACACUAGUAACACAAUGAAUUGUCCAAGUCCACCACAAUUUACAAAUGAUACUCGUACAACUGGUUAUAUAUCACCAUUAAGAAAUUCACAUUAUAUUAAUUCAAAUUAUGCUGUUAGAAAUAUAUCGGGACAAUCAUCAGCUGCUGUUAGUCAUGAAUUUCCUGAAUUAAAUAAUUUUAGUAAUGAUGAACUUAGAAAACUUGCUGCUGAUGAUGAUGAUGAUGAAAAACUUGAUAUAUUUAUUGAUGAACAUUCCCAAUUAAAACAAGUUAAUUUAGCUAUUGAUGAAGCUAUUGAUAAUGUUGAAAAAAUAGCAUCAAAUAAUUUAGCCAAAGAGACUGAACUUAAAUUAUUACAAGAUGAUGUAUCAGCCAAAGUACAAACUGUAUCUGUAUUAAAAGCACGUUAUGAUACAUUGAUACAACAAUACAAUAAAUUAUCUGAAGUAUUUGCACCUGAUCAUAUUAAAGAAUGUUUGAAAAAUGCUGCUGAUGAAAGCCAUGAAAAAAGUGAAGAAAUUGCUGAAGAUUUUCUUAAUGGUAAAAUUGAUGUUGAUAAUUUUUUAAAUAAAUAUGUUGAACGUAGAAAAUUAGGACAAGAAAGACGUACAAAAGAAGAAAAACUUGCACAUCAAUUAAAUGAAUUAAAAAGAGCUGGUUAUUAAUUGCAUAAUAAACAAAAAAAAAUAAUAUUAAUUAUUUAUUCUUUUAAUGAAAAUAAUAAAAAAGUAAAUUUUGUAAAUAUUUUUUAGUUAAUGGAAAGAUAAAGAACAAAAAGCAACAAGAAACACUGAGUCACUUAAAAUGGUAUAUUGUUUUUUUUUUUUGCUUAAAAUAAUUGUGACGACUUUUUUUUAAUAAUUAAAAUAAUGACUGGUCAUAUUAUUGUCGUUCACAUAUUAAUAAUGUUGGUACACUAUUAUUAAUUAUUAUUUUUUGCAUCAUGUAAAUAAAUUAAUAUUCAGAGGGUUAUAUGUCCAAUAAUUUUAUAAUUUUAAAUACACCACUGAAUGUUCUAACUUUAAUAUAAAACUUUUUUAAAAAUGUUUUAAAAAAUAAUUAAUUCAUAAAAGAAAAAAAAAAUAUAUAUAUAUUACAUCUGAAAGAUUGUCUUAAUAUACCACAAUUAAUAUUUGUUUUGUGUUUUUUUUUUAUCGAAAAAAAUCAAUCAUCACAUAAAUAUAUUUUUGUUUUUUGAUAAAAAAAAAACGAAGUCACAUUGAUAUGAAAAAAGACUGUAUAAAUAAAAAAGAAAAAACUGUUUAUACAAAAAAAUGAAAAUAAAUAAAUUAAAUAAUUAUUAUAAAUCUCAAUAUUAAUUUUAUAAAUAUUUAUUUUUAUUAUUUACAGUACAAUAAUUAUCAGAAAAAAAAUGAAAAAGA